CUCUCCGUGCACUCAAUACUCCUCAAAAUUCGUGGCUUUUCCCUUGCGACAUCCGUCGUGCGGCUGCAUGUGAUUCUCUCUGCCAAGGACAAGGACUGGAAGCCCUGUAUAAAUCCACCUCCGUCGUACCUUGCGUUGAGGCGUCUCCACACGCAGAUCCUCUCCCUUUUGCGAUCACAAGAUGAAGAUGAAGCUGUUUCUUCUUUUCGUCACCGCCAUCCUUUUGAUCCAGGCUUUUGCAGAGGCUUCGCAAGGGACUGAUGCCAGUCACGCUCUCGCCAGUAUGAACGGAGGAGAGAGGGGGAUCACCAACAUUGACAAACGUCAUCAACAUCAUCCUCGCAAGAUCAAUUGCAGCUACGUGUGCGCAAGGAGAUGCAGCAAGUCGUCGCGCAAGAAUAUGUGCCACAGAGCGUGCAAGACAUGCUGCGCGAGGUGCCACUGUGUGCCGCCGGGGACCUACGGCAACAAGAACGCCUGCCCGUGCUAUGCCAAGCUCAAGACCCACGGAAACAGACCCAAAUGCCCUUGAAGCAGAUCUCGACGGCUUUGUUCUUGGCUUUACCCAAUUUAAUAUACGUGAUGUGUAAUAAUGCGAGUUGAGUUCUCCCUUAUUUGUGAGUGCUUUUGUUUAGUGUGAAUCAUCUCCUAUUUGAUUGAUGAUGCCAUCAAUAAUCAAAAUCGACCUUCUUAUUAGUCCUUGUGGUGUGCUAUAUGGCCCGUUGAUGCUCCUCCCGGUUUUAGAAACUUGAUAGUGAUAUAUUUAAGAGAUUCCUCAAGUUUUCAUCUUUCUAA